CGUCAUAUAUAUAUAUAGGGCUGCAGAGCUUCCUCCUCAGUUGCAUCAGAGUACUGUGCGCAAGACACCCUCUUCUCUUUCAAUAUGAAGGUGACACUGAUCCUGGUCCUGGUGGCCGUCGUCGGCCUCUCCUCCGCCUACUCCCUCGGCGAUGUCUACGAGAAGCUCCAUCGUGUCGAGAGGGACGUGAGCUCAGCGAGCACGGGGACGAGCUCCAUGGAGAGGAUAGAAAAAAGGGACAUCAGCUCAGGGACCACCUCCAUGGAGAGGAUAGAGAGAAGUGACGCCUUCGCUGCCUCUCACGACCUCGAUCUGAGGCGCCUCAGGAGGCAAGCCUACAGCUCCGAGAGUGAGAGCUCUGAGGAAUCCUCUGAGGAAAGGACAACUGCCGCUCCUUGAAGGACUCACGUGACGGCGCUGACCUUUGGCGAACGACCUGACCUCCAUUUGGCUCUGCUGAUUUAAAUCAAGAUAUUUCGAAUAAUGUUUUUUUUUUUAUCAGUUUUCAGUAAGAUUCAGCAUUGGAAAGAUGAAAUUUUCGGCUUUGAUAAAGACAAUAAUCUGCAUUUUGUGUAACCAAAAGUAAUAAAGUGAUUGUUAAG